ACCCCAUAUUCUCCAUUCCAAACAAUAUGGAUAUACCCAAAGAUUACGACUUUAUACGAAGUAGGAGCGGAGGGGUUGCCCAAAAAGGAUCUCGUCCCUGAAAUCUGGGGAAGUCCCUAUACGCUAUUGGGGUGCACGCCGUGUGUCGCCAAAAUGCGGGGCACGCAAUUUGUAAGUGCGCUGUUCUGAAAAGGGCAACUUGUCCGUUUGCCAUAGUAAAUCCAAGGGAUAACUAGGGCGAUGGUGGGGGACACCAUCAUUUCUUUUAUAGCUUUUGGUUAAGGAUGACAGUGAUUAAGAACUGGUGGUACCGCAGACAAGGACACCCUGAGUGGAAGAAGGCAAGGGAUGAUACUCACGGAAAUCAGAUUCAUUUAGAUCUAAUCAAGAAUGGGGAGAUUCCUGAUCCUUUUGUAGAUGAUAAUGAAAAAAAGGUCCAAUGGGUUGGCAAAGUGGAUUGGGAGUAUAAGACCGACUUGGGUGCUUCUGCCAGGGACCGGACGGUAGUGUUUGAAGGUUUGGACACGUUUGGGGAGGUUUACGUUGAUGGUGAAUUGAAAUUGGUGACUGAUAAUAUGUUUGUUGAGUAUCGAUUAGCGAUUCCUUCAACCCCAAUUGAAUUGAAGAUUAUUUUCCGGAAUGCAUUGCACGAAUCCCGAAAGCUCGAGCAGAAGCAUGGGGGGUUUUAUUGUUCCAAUGGGGAAUCAAGUAGGGUCCAUGUCCGAAAAGCCCAGUACCACUAUGGCUGGGACUGGGGCCCGUUGCUAUUGACUUGUGGGCCUUGGAGACCAGUCAGAGUAGAGGAGGAUCUGGUGGAGUUGGCUAAUUUGAAGAUUGAUUAUCAUUUUGAAGCGGGCCAAGUUGAGUUGAAGUUUGAAGCUGACAUAUUGAAUAGUGACGAUUUCGAGAUGGUUUUCCGGGAUACAAAGGUGCAAGUCAUUGUGAAUGAUGGUGAUACUAGCUAUGAGUGCAUUACGGCUGUUGAGCAAUCCGGGGUCAAUGCAGUGGGCACGAUCUAUAUUGAAAAUCCAAAGUUAUGGUGGCCAAUUAACCAUGGGGAUCAAUUUUUGUAUGACGUGCAAGCUAAUUUGAUUGAGAACAAUCGGAUGAUCAGUCAAUGCAAGAGGAAAUUAGGCAUUAGAAAGACCCAAUUGGUUCAAACUAAGUUGGAAAAGGGCAAGACGUUUUAUUUUGAAAUCAAUGAUACACCAAUAUUCAUCAAUGGAUGCAAUUGGAUCCCCAGUCACUCUUUCCAUAGUGAUACUACCAAGGCACACUAUGAAGAGUGGAUUAAAUUGAUAAAAAAUGCCAAUUUCAAUCUUAUUAGGGUAUGGGGUGGAGGUAUUUGGGAACCAGAUUGGUUUUAUGAAUUAUGCGAUUAUCAUGGUAUAUUAAUUUGGCACGAUUUCAUGUUUGCUUGUGCAAUGUAUCCUGCUUAUGAUUCCUUUUUGAAUAACGUUAAGCUUGAAGUAAAACAACAAUUGACCAGAUUAAAAAAAUUCACCAGUAUUAUAAUAUACGCCGGUAAUAAUGAGGAUUACCAAAUUGCAGAACAAUUAGGUAAAGUGAAGUUUCCAGCUCAAAUCAUUUAUGAAAAAAUCUUACCCCGGAUGGUGGAUGAGAUUAUUGGUGAUAAAGUUGCUUAUCAUUGGGGGUGUCCAUAUAGUCCAAGUGACGGUGAGUAUAUUCCAACUAGCGAUCCUACAGUUGGUGAUAUUCAUCAAUGGAAUGUUUGGCAUGGAACUCAAGAAAAAUACCAGGAUUGGGAUAAGCUAAUUGGAAGAUUUAUUCUGGAAUUUGGAAUGUUGGCGUUUGCCAAUCAUCAAACAUUACAAAGAUAUAUUACUAAAUUACAAUACCCACAACUGCAGAUGAUGGAUCUUCAUAAUAAAGCCGUUGGUUUUGAAAGAAGAUUAGCAUUGUAUGUAAUGGAAAAUGUCAAGGUUGACGCAAUGGAUUUAAAAAACUGGAUUUAUUUAACCCAAUUGAUUCAAAGUGAAUGUUUGUCAAUGGCAUAUAGAUAUUGGAAAAGAAAAUGGCAAAAUCAUGAAUGUGGUGGGGGUAUUGUUUGGCAAAUCAAUGAUUGUUACCCAGUGAAUUCGUGGAGUAUUGUCGAUUUUGCCAAACGUCCCAAAUUAGCAUAUUAUUCGAUUAAAAGAGAAUGUCAGCCAAUUAUAGGCGGGUUGAAAAGAGAUUCUAGUAAAAUCAAUCAAGAUUAUGACGAGCCAGAUGAUUUAUCUGAACAACUUCCAUUGCAUGAUUUCACUCCUAGAUUGUAUGAGAUUGAUGCAUGGAUUGGUAAUUUCACCCAACUGACUAGAAUAAUUGAGUAUCGAAUUGAUAUUUAUAACAAGUUCACAUUAAGAAAAAGCUUCAAAAAUGAAGUUCUCGUCAAUGCUAAUACCACGAAAGAGUUUCUAAAUAAUUAUAAAUUACAAGACUGGAAUGAUUUGGUGGUGCUAACCAUCUUUGAAAAUGGAGUUCAAAUUCACCAGACCAGUGAUUGGCCUCAGCCAUUAAAGUACAUUGAAUGGCCAACCACCCAUAUUGCUUCAAGAGUCAAACAAGUUGGUCCAAAAAAAUACGAAAUGACAUUAACUACAGAUCAACCAGUGAAAGGAGUGAUGAUUCAAAUACAAGACUCAUCCCAUCAAAUCACUGAUAACGGAUUUGAUCUUUUCCCUUAUCAAAGUCAUCAGGUUAUUGUUUAUGACAAUAGACCCUUUACAUAUGACAUUAAAUAUCUUAAAUAGUGGCAGCCAAUUACUGCCGAUUUAAACGUAAUGCAAUAAAGUUGCAG